AUGGCCCUGGCCAGACACUCGUGGCCAGCCCGUGUGCGGCCGAUAGGGAGGGCGCGCCUGCCCCUUCACGAGCGUGGGAGCCCCGCUGACGUCUGCGUGUUGGGGUGUUUGCUUCAGGCUGGCCACGUGCUGUCACAAAAACUAGAUGACGUGGACCCACUGGUGACCACCAACUUCGGCAAGAUAAGAGGAAAACUCAAUAAUGAAAUUUGGGGGCCUGUGAUUCAGUUUCUUGGGGUUCCGUAUGCAGCCCCGCCAACAGGAGAACAUCGUUUCCAGCCUCCAGAACCGCCAUCUCCCUGGUCCGAGGUCAGGAAUGCCACUCAGUUCGCUCCCGCGUGUCCCCAGAACAUCAUCCACCGCAGACUGCCGGAAGUCAUGCUCCCCGUGUGGUUCACCAAUAACCUGGAUGUGGUUUCGCUGUAUGUCCAAGACCAGAGCGAAGACUGCCUCUACCUAAAUAUCUAUGUCCCGACUGAGGAUGGUGAGUUUAUUGCAGAAAAAAACAGGAAGAUAAAUCUGUAUUUCCUUUACUAUUUUCAGCUCUGA